AUGAAGAGGGACAUAGUAGAUUUUGUAUCCCAGUGUCUGAAUUGUCAGCAAGUGAAGUAUGAACACCAAAAGCCUGGAGGUGUGACACAGAGAAUGCCUAUACCUGAGUGGAAGUGGGAGCGUAUUGCUAUGGACUUUGUGGUAGGAUUGCCAUGUACUUUGGAUCGUGGCACUCAAUUUACAUCUCAUUUCUGGCGGUCUAUGCAGAAAGAGUUGGGAACUCGGGUGGAUCUUAGUACAGCCUUUCACCCUCAGACUGAUGGUCAGUCUGAGCGGACUAUUCAGGUUCUUGAGGACAUGUUGCGAGCAUGUGUGAUUGACUUUGGUGGUCACUGGGAUCAACCAUGGGGUACAGAUUUGUUGAGGGAGUCUUUGGACAAGGUCAAGUUGAUCCAAGAUAGACUUCUCAUGGCUCAAAGCAGGCAAAAGAGUUACGCAGAUAGGAAGGGCAAGUUGAGUCCAAGGUACAUUGGUCCUUUCGAGGUUGUGGAGCGUAUUGGUGAGGUGGCGUAUCAGUUGGCUUUGCCACCUGGUUUGUCAGGUGUUCAUCCUGUAUUUCAUAUCUCCAUGCUUAAGAAGUAUCAUCAGGGUGGUGAUCAUGUGAUUCAAUGGGAUUCAGUGUUACUUGAUCAGAAUUUGACUUUUGAGGAAGAGCCGAUCUCCAUUUUGGAUAGGCAAAUUCGGAAGCUAAGGUCCAAGGAGAUUGCUUCAGUAAAGGUUCAGUGGAAGCACCGUCCAGUGGAGGAGGCUACAUGGGAGACAGAGUCAGACAUAAGGAGUAAAUAUCCUCAUCUUUUUGAGCGUUCAGGUUAG